AUAUAUAAUACUUAGUAUGCCCUGCAUGGUCAUUAUUUAAGCAAUGCAUUAGAGAUAUUUAGUCUGCAGCCAUAGUAAUUAAGUUAGAUUUAAGUUAAGUACAUUGCAGUAUCCUGCAGGGUUGCAUAGCUGCACAAAUAAAAAUGUAUCAUCUUCUAUUUACCUAUAAAAGCAAUAAACAUAUUGAUUACGAUUUCCUGAUAAACCUAGCGAUAACUCACGCGAGCGAGCAGAGUUCUAGAAAAAGCCAGUGUAACGAGACCUCGAGAUCCAUAACAAGUGUACAUAAUCCAAGAACGCACGUAUACUGGUCCGUUUAACCCUUUGACUCACCCUUGGAAUUCUCGUCUUGGGCUCGCUGAAUGCCACCCGUUUAGUUGUGAAGUUGUGAUGCUUAACAGCUGAGUCACUCAUCUCUGGAUAUAUAAGACCUCGUGUACGGAUCACUGCACAGUACCUCAGCUGUUGACACAAUGAAUAAGAUCCUUUGCUUUGGACUCGUGCUUUGCACUACAUUAGCGCUAACAUCGGCCUAUCCUGCCGAAUCGGCCCCCGAGGCCCCUAAAAGCCCCGCAGGGCAGGAGGCCGCUCCGGCGGUCGAAGCGGUAGAAGAGCUGCAGCGCGAAGAGUCCCGCUGGGGCCACGGCGGCGGCUGGGGGCACGGAGGCGGAUGGGGCCGCGGUGGGGGCUACGGACGGGGACACGGAGGAUGGGGGCACGGGGGCCACGGGGGCUACGGUGGUUACGGGCAUGGAGGAUGGGGGCGAGGUGGAUGGGGCCGUUAAUACACUAGACCUAAAAUACUCGAUACCCCUCUUAGAAUUAACAAGUUUGGAUUGAGAGGAUUGAGAUAAGUAAGAUUAAACCAAGUGAUUUUAUACGACUGUGAUGUAAAAAGUAAUAAAAGUACUAAUUUUUCAAACAUAA